CUGCGGGGAACGGAGGGGUGAAGUCGAGACUUUGCGACGCUCCAGCCCGUGAACUGAUGGGCCUGGCAGGGUGCUGGAGAGGUGGGGACCACGCCUUCUCGCUAGACUCUGUACCGCCUGGCAUGAGAAGCGGGGUAGAGAGGAAGCUGUCAUUUCCAUUGAUACUUCGGCCGAGGUCGGUUUGGGGUGAGUGAGGAAAAGAUAGGGGCCGUCCCCUAUCUCAAACCCCCGCGGGGUGAAGUGCUGGCGACACGGAGAGAAGCUUGAAAAGGUGCCAUGGCCAAGGGCCAGUGCGACUCAGCCUCAGCGAUCACCUCCUGCUGCUGUCACCGCCUUGAUUACCUGCGUUUUCCUGAGAUGAGAAAAUCCUCUCAGUUUUUAUCCAUAAGUAUAUUCAGAAAAAAUGGCUGAUAUUAACUUCAAAGAGGUGACCUUAAUAGUAAGUGUGGUUACUGCCUGCUACUGGAACAGCCUGUUCUGUGGUUUUGUUUUUGAUGAUGUUUCAGCAAUACUGGAUAAUAAAGAUCUGCAUCCAUCUACACCUUUGAAAACUUUAUUUCAGAAUGAUUUCUGGGGAACCCCUAUGUCUGAGGAGAGAAGCCACAAAUCCUACCGACCCUUAACAGUUUUGACAUUUCGCUUAAAUUACAUGUUUAGUGAACUAAAACCAAUGUCAUAUCAUCUUCUGAAUAUGAUUUUUCAUGCUGUGGUUAGUGUGGUAUUUCUUAAAGUCUGCAAGCUUUUUCUGGACAACAAGAGUGGUCUGAUUGCUGCUCUGCUUUUUGCAGUGCACCCCAUACAUACAGAAGCAGUAACAGGUGUUGUAGGAAGAGCAGAACUUUUGUCAUCUAUCUUUUUUCUAGCUGCAUUUUUGUCCUAUACAAAGUCAAAAGGACCAGAUAAUUCCAUAGUGUGGACUCCAAUUGCAUUGACAGUGUUUUUAGUGGCUGUUGCAACACUGUGUAAAGAACAAGGCAUAACAGUUGUGGGGAUUUGUUGUAUAUAUGAAGUAUUUAUCGCCCAGGGGUAUACUUUGCCAUUAUUAUGUACUACUGCUGGACAGUUUCUCCGUGGAAAGAGUAGUAUUCCAUUCUCUCUUCUGCAGACAUUAAUAAAACUAAUUGUCUUGAUGUUUAGUACAUUAUUACUUGUGGUAAUUAGAGUCCAGAUUAUUCAGUCCCAGCUUCCAGUAUUUACAAGGUUUGAUAACCCAGCUGCUGUAAGUCCAACUCCUACAAGGCAGCUAACGUUUAACUACCUCCUUCCUGUGAAUGCUUGGCUUCUAUUAAAUCCUUCAGAGCUCUGCUGUGAUUGGACAAUGGGAACAAUACCACUGAUAGAGUCAUUUCUAGACAUUCGAAAUCUUGCCACUUUUGCUUUCUUUUGCUUUCUGGGAGUUUUGGGGAUAUUCAGUCUCCGAUACCCUGGUGACUCUUCCAAGACUGUAUUAAUGGCACUUUGUUUAAUAGCAUUACCAUUUAUUCCUGCUUCGAACCUGUUUUUUCCUGUUGGAUUUGUUGUUGCUGAGAGAGUACUGUAUGUUCCGAGCAUGGGAUUCUGUAUUUUGGUAGCCCAUGGAUGGCAGAAAAUUUCAAAGAAAAGUGUAUUUAAAAAGCUAUCCUGGGCCUGCCUCUCAAUGGUGAUACUUACUCAUGCCUUAAAAACACUUCACAGAAACUGGGAUUGGGAAUCUGAGUAUACAUUAUUUAUGUCAGCCUUGAAGGUAAAUAAAAAUAAUGCCAAAUUAUGGAACAAUGUUGGUCAUGCUUUGGAAAAUGAAAAGAACUUUGAGAGAGCUUUGAAAUACUUCUUAAAGGCUACCCACGUUCAACCAGAUGAUAUUGGUGCCCACAUGAAUGUAGGAAGAACUUACAAAAAUUUAAAUAGAACUAGAGAAGCUGAAGAAUCUUACAUGAUGGCUAAGUCCCUGAUGCCUCAAAUUAUUCCUGGCAAAAAAUAUGCAGCCAGAAUUGCUCCUAACCAUCUAAAUGUUUAUAUCAAUCUGGCCAACCUGAUCCGCGCAAAUGAGUCCCGACUAGAAGAAGCAGAUCAGCUGUACCGACAAGCAAUAAGCAUGAGGCCUGACUUCAAGCAGGCUUAUAUUAGCAGGGGAGAAUUGCUCUUAAAAAUGAAUAAACCUCUCAAAGCAAAGGAAGCAUAUCUUAAAGCACUAGAACUGGACAGAAAUAAUGCAGAUCUUUGGUACAAUUUGGCAAUUGUGUAUAUUGAACUUAAAGAACCAAAUGAAGCCCUAAAAAAUUUUAAUCAUGCUUUAGAAUUAAAUCCAAAGCAUAAGCUAGCGUUAUUCAAUUCAGCUAUAUUAAUGCAGGAAUCAGGUGAGGUUAAACUCAGACCUGAAGCUAGAAAACGACUUCUGAAUUAUAUAAAUGAAGAGCCACUAGAUGCAAAUGGUUAUUUCAAUUUGGGGAUGCUUGCCAUGGAUGACAAAAAGGACACUGAGGCAGAGAUUUGGAUGAAGAAAGCCAUUAAAUUACAAGCUGACUUCAGAAGUGCUUUGUUUAAUCUGGCUCUCCUCUAUUCUCAGACUGCAAAGGAAUUAAAGGCUCUGCCAAUUUUAGAAGACUUACUCAAAUACUAUCCUGAUCAUAUCAAGGGCCUCAUUUUAAAAGGAGACAUUUUGAUGAAUCAGAAGAAAGAUAUAAUUGGAGCAAAAAAAUGUUUUGAAAAAAUCUUAGAGAUGGAUCCAACCAAUGUACAAGGGAAGCACAAUCUUUGUGUGGUCUAUUUUGAAGAGAAGGACUUACUAAAAGCAGAACAAUGUUUGGUUGAAACAUUGGCAUUAGCACCACAUGAAGAAUAUAUUCAGCGCCAUUUGAGUAUAGUUAGAGAUAAAAUCGCCUCAUCUGGUUUUGUAGAACAACCGAUACUCCCAGGUGGUAAAAGUACAGGUGAAGGAGGAGGCAAACUUCCAACUAAAAAUGUAAAAGAAGUCAGAAGUGAGUCUAGACCAACACAGGUAACAAAAACAGGUGAUGAUCAAAGUCAGUCUAAACUCAACAAACAAUUGGAGAAAAAUACAGACAAAGAGGCCCCCCAAAAAACAAAAGACAUCAAAGAAAUCGAAAAGAAAAGAGUUGCUGCUUUAAAAAGACUAGAAGAGAUUGAACGUAUUUUAAAUGGAGAAUAACAUUAUUCUUUAUCAUGUGACAAUAGUAUCAAAAGACUUUAAUCAUGUGAUUCCUUGUCCUGGGAAUUUGACAAAUACGGAUAUGCAACUCUUAGAAGGUGCCUCUGUGUGGACACAAAGUAAAAUUUGUCAUGUAAGACCUGCCUUAGCCCAUGGUAUGUGUUACACAAGAUAUGGCAGAAGGUUUUAGCUCUGGUUAAUACAGCAGAAAUGUCAAAUUGCUGGUGACAGAUUUGCAACUUGUUGCAUAAGGAAGAAUUUUUUUGGCAGGAUGAAGUGUUUACCGCUCUGAAUUUAAAAUAAUUUGAGAGUGACUGGUGAUCUCUUGAGGGCAACUCUAACACAUGCUUUUUUAUUCUGUGAAUUCCCAUUUAUUAGCCUGUUUCAUUUUCCUCUUACCUCUUGAACCUGGUGAUGGGUUGAAAACACCUACUGACACUUUCUUUGGCAAUUCUGUUAAACCAAGAAAUUUUGCACUACAAAAGAAUCCUAAUACUAACUUCAUUAUGUUAUAUGCUUUGAUUUUUAGAGGGAAUGCUGGGUAAAUGUUUUAAAAUGAAUCGUGUAACCUGUUAAAGAAUGUAUUUUCAUAAUUGUAUACUUGUCCCUAAUUUAACUUCUAAAAGGCAGUUUUUAACAAGACAAAGUUUGUACACACACAUAUAUACAGACAUAUACACAUAUCUGAUGGUGCUCAUGAAUACUGUAUUUUUCUUUUUCACAUCAAGUGUCACAGUAUGAACUACAUGAUCAUGACUGUUCUUUUGACUUUUACUCCCAAAUUUUUGUUUCUUAGGGGCAUAGUCAUGUUUAGAAGUCUUAGUAACUUUCAACUUUUAAGUAAUAACAGUAAACUUCUAUUUUAAUCUUAGUGUCUACUCUCUGAUUUUAUUUGAAUGUUAGCUUUGUUUCCAAAAUUACAGCUUAAUCAUUGUUUGAUACCUUAAGCCACUAAACUCACUUCUGUUUAACUGAAGGCAAAACAAUGUGAUGAAGUUUAUUUUUAACACUAAAUUCUUGAUAUCUUCUUGUGGUAUAUAUUUUUAUUAAAUACUAUUUAUUUUGACUACUGAGCUUUCAUAGAAGUUUUAAAGCUGUUUUAAUUCUAUAAAGUAUAGAAAACUAAUUGCUAGUGCAUUUGCCUAUGUGUGCUAUAUAUAUUAUGGUUUAAGAAAAAUCUCACUUUUGUCAUUUAUAAAAAUAAUAGCCUCAUAUCAGAUUAAUACAUUUGUCAUUUGGUUUUGGCAGUUUUAAAUCUGGAAAAUAUGUUAGGUUAAAAGUAGAUAUAAUCAAAUUUACUAAACAUGAUUUUUAUUGAGUUAAGAUCUAUUUCAGAUGGAUUUUAUAAUAAAGUUGACUUAGUUUAAAAUGGUAAAGCUCAAGCUAUUAUUCUGGGAUAAUAUGUAAUUUCUAGUUAUGCAGUAUUUCAAAAACUUAGUUCCUUUGAGAUAACUAAUUUUUAAUUAUAUAUGUCUCAGAAACGAUAUUCCUGUAAUUUUUUAAAGAAGUGUUUUACAAAUAGGUCACAAGAAGCAUGGUCUGCAUUAAAGACCUAGGCUUAUGGAGUUCCCAGAGGGUCUAGCAUAGAUUUUUUUUUCCUACUUUCUUUUUUUUUUUUUUUUUUUGCGGGGGUGGGGGGGUGUUGUUUUUUAUUUGUUUAUUUGUUUUGUUCUGUUUUAAGGCAGUUUAAAGCAAGCACUGAUAUCAGGGGUUUUAAUUCUUGACACAGGAGAUUCUGUUACGCAUCAGAAUCUAGUUUCAGUUCAUAGAUUAAGGCUUUGUGAUUUCGUAUAUAAGGUGGAGAAUACCUCAUAUACUGUUACUUGAAAAAUUAAAUUAUGUUAUUUUGUUCUCUCCAUAUAUCCUGAGGAAAAGUUUCUUGAGUGUAAUCUCUUCAGGUGCAGUUUCAAAUAAAGGGCAGUCCAGAAGAGUAAUAGGAAAUCUUUUAUCACAGCAGUUUGUAAUAAAAGUUUGAGUUGUAUUUUAAUAACUUGUUGUAUCUAUUCACAUCAUAAAAGGUAUAUAUUAAUGGUAUCCAAUGGUUUCUAGUAGAAAAUCCUUAUUAGUACAUAGUGUCUGUCACAUAGGAAAUAUUCAUAUAUUUGAAUUUUGAGUAAUUUAUUUAAAUUCAUCCCAAAUCAUUAUUACUCAAGUCAGAGAUUCUCAAUAUAGACACCUCAUUGUUACAUCUAGGAGAUGGAGCCCUGCUUCAGAGUUUUCCCUAUACUUCUCUGUGAUUCUUAUUUGUUGUUAGUGUUAAGGACUGCUGCUCUCUUGUGUUAACAUGUUAAAUUAGUGAUAUAAUCCAAUAUAGUUUUUGGUUGUUAAAGUUCCAUGAAGGAGCAUGUUCUGAUAACUAAUAUUCCUUGAAGGAAGAUCUCAAGUUCCAACAAGCUUGCUUAUGAGUAAGAUUACAAUGUCUCAUCUAUGAAUUCAAAAUAAAAAACUAUUUAAAUGGUUCAGGUAAGUAAGGAAAGGUAAUGGGUUUUUUUCCUCUAGAGCUUCCUUUUUGAAGAGAUAAUGAGGACAAGUAAACCCAGUUCACUAAGCCAUGGUUUGGGAGUUGUAGAUGCCUGUAAAAUGUGGAAAAGGAAGCCUGUCACAGGUUUAUGUCCUGGUAAAUGUGUGUAGUUUUAAUUCUCACUAUUUUGCAAAAUCUCCUCCUCCCCGGUAGGCUGUCAGAGCUUUGACCCUCCCUAAUGAGCAGUGACACUUUCUUCCUUCACUGCCUCCCAAAAUGUAAGAUGAAAUUUUUCAAGUUGCUCCUAUGUGUGUUUCCUUACUAACAUUUGGAAAUGGGAACUUAAAAUUAUUCCAGUAAGUAGUAUUCUGAAGUUGAUGGGGGAGUAAAGUACUUAAAUAUGUAAUUUUAUUUUGCAAUGUUGUGUUUACUAUUCUGUAAAUAUCUGAUAAGUGAAUUACAUGAUUCUAAUAAAACCUCAUGCCUUUUCAUUACAUCUGAUUUGAGCUCUCAACUUCAUAUUACAGGAUGCUUCUUUAAUGAUACUUUAAUUAAAAAUAUUAAGAAAUAUAUAGAUUUGUAUGUCAAUUUAUACUUCAGAAAUCCAUAUAUUUGUCAUAUUUAUUUUUUUUAAAGCCUCCUAAUUGCAUGACUUAAAUGGUAUUUAAAAUAAACUCUCAAAAGAUCUGAUAACUUUGUUCAAAAUGUAAUGUGUUGAAAGUUGUCAGCCAUCCAUGUUGAGUUCAUAAGAAAGUUGUUUUAAAAUCAUAUGCAUUUUAUAUUUCUGUGAUGUCUGUGUGUACCAUAUUUCUUAAAUACUUAGUAUUAAAUUGAUACUUUUUAAAACUU